UUUUUUAUACUGAGCUCUAUAGAUUAGCCAUAAACCAUAUAACGUUCCACGUGUAACACAUACACUGUAGAAUGGGAAACCAAUUAAGAUCACCUGCAUUCCGAAAAUCAUAGUUCAAUGGCUUUCAAUUUUGCUCAGUUGACAUGAGAUUUUCAAAUGGUCGAUUCUUUUUGAUUGUUUUGUCUUUGUUGUGAAUACGAUUGUGUUCGAUUUCAAAACCAAUUAUGCAAUCAAUAGCUUAACUUUCUAGUAGUGUAAACCUGUAUUUAAAAACUCGAUUAUGUCGUUACGUAUCUUAUACAAUAUUGUUAGAGACUUACAGAGCACAACAGGAUUGUGGAGAGAUAGGAGAUGACAAAUAUUAUGAAAUUGACGAUAGACCAAGUGAAUGACAGCGAAAAUAGUGACAGCGAUUCCGGAGAGAUAGAGGAAGGGCAAGUUGAAGAUGGUAGAGAGAGUGGUACCUGUAUGGGCAUAGGAUACAUUGAAAGUGAAGUGGGUGAAGUGAUCAGAGACAGUGAUGACCUAUCUUCCACCUUGCAUUCAGAAAACGAAGAUUUGAGGAUUGAAGAUAGUGACAGUGACGGUGACAGUGAAAGCCAUUCCACUUCAUCUGAUGAUGAUUUCGAGGAUACAAUAUUCCAGAAAAAGUUAUACGAGGGGUGCAACUUGUCUUUAUGGUCAAGUUGCACAUUAAUUAUUCAGUUUUCACGGAAAUACAAACUUGCUCGCAAAGCUCAAACCGAUCUACUCACAUUAAUCCGACUCCAUUGUCCUGGGAAUAUUGAAAACAAUCUUCCAAAAACACACAGUCAGCUUAUCAAACAUGCAAUGCCAUCACUCGGGAAAAUUGAGAAAAUAAAGGUGUGUAAUGUUUGUAGCCAAGGAGUCAAACUGAAUGAGGAUGAAUGUUCGAAUGGCCACCAAUUGAAAAAAGGAAAGCCUGUAAAUGGAGACACAUUUGUGCUUCAAAUUCCUCUAGAGCCCCAACUUAAGGUUAUUGUUGAAGAUAAUGUCGAAGAGAUUCUGGCUUCCUGCCAGAAGCAGGCAACAGAGUGCCACCAGGAAAGUGAAAGUUUUAGACAUUACAGAUGGCUCUUUAUACAAGGAGUACUAUGUACAAAUCCAAAGUAAUCAUGACUGUGGAGAUAGCUACCAUAUCACCUUGAUGAUUAGUACUGAUUGGGCACCAGUUUUUAAAUCUACAAAUGCAUCAAUAUGGCCAUUAUAUGCGUGUGUUUUGGAACUCCCAAUCAGUAAA